UUGAGGUUAAGGUGUGAGCUGGCAGGAAGAAGUAUACACGUAGCGCGCUUCUAAUGCUGGGAUAGAAUAAACAGUUAAAUAAUAGAUUUAGCAUAAUUCUGUACAUAUAUAUAUAUAAACAUACAAUAUAAAAUGUCUAAUCGUAAUGGCUUUGGACCGGGUUACUUCCGUAUGCUUGAGAACACACGACUGAUGCAGGCCCACGAGGCUAUGGUCGACUUGAUCAAAGGAAACACUCCACAAUACGAUAUUUUAUUUAAUACCCUGGGAUAUGGUAGUGGACUCGGUCUUGAUUCCCCUGAUGAUUUGGAAGCUUAUGAGGAUUUGACUGAUGAUGAUGAGGAUGAUGAAUAUGGCAGGCGAAACAAUAGAUAUUGUGGCUUUACUCAAAACUUUCUAGAUAAAAGGGGUUCCCAACAGCUGCCUGCAAUAAGACAUUAUAAAUCAGCCAGAUGCAUCACACCUGAGGAGGCUGCUAAAAAUGCUAAAGAACUUGUAGCUGAAGAGGAAAAACUUAAGAAAAAAGCAGAAAAGAAAAAACAGAAGAAAAUGAGGCAGCGAGAGAGACGUCGACUAGAAAAAUUAGAAAAGGAAAAUGGGAAUAAAGAUAGUGCCAAACAGGAUGCUGCUGCUGUUCCAGUUAAAUCUAAGCCUACAGAAAAAGAGUGUGAAAAUAGGAAAAAAAGAAAUAACAGUGUACCUCCUCACCCUGACCCACAGUGCGACUCGGUAGCCCCAGAGAGCAGUGACAGUUGUGAUGAUAACGAUGAUGAUGAUCAAGAGAGCAUUGCUGAUGACUUAGAGCUUGAUAUGAAUAGCUGCUUUGUGACCAAUGCAGCAGCCAUCGCAAAGCGCAAACUUGAGCAGAAACCUGACAAGAAGGACAAAAAGGCUGAAAACUCCAAGAAACAUGAGACAGCACAAAAAAAUACAGCAGAGCCCAAGAUGAAGAAUGUUAAUGAAAAGGUGCCUUCAGCUUCAGAGGAACCAGUAAAGGACAAUGUUACAAAGAGCAUGGAGUUGGCAGUGAUGGGUAAUAAAUAUGCUCAAACAGGAAAUUUGGAUAUGGCUGUGAAGUAUUUUACUGAUGCAAUAAAGCACAAUCCUCAAGAAGUCAAGUUGUUUGGAAAUCGCUCCUUCUGUUAUGAGAAAAUGCAACAAUAUGAGAAGGCUUUAAUAGAUGCUGAUAUUGCUCUUUCUCUGAACCCCACGUGGAUUAAAGGACUCUACAGAAAAGGGAAAGCAUUAGUUGGGCUUAAGCGAUACUAUGAGGCUAGUUUGACCUAUAAGGAAGUUUUAAAGAUUGACAGCUCCUGUACUGAUGCUGCUCAAGAGCUCAUGAGGGUACAAAUAAUGCAGUUAAUGGAUAUGGGAUACACUAGAGAACAAAGUUCAAAUGCUCUGAUCAUACAUGGAACAGUAGAAAAAGCUUUAGAAGCUCUCUCUGGUUUACACGGUAAUAUGGCAGCUGCACAGUUGCAGGUUGAAGAAGUAAGAGUUUAUCCAGAGAGAAAUACUCAGCCUGUGAAAGUCCCACUCGGACCAGUCCCCCAGAACCCACCUAAAGUCAGUACAGCUGUACCAGCUACCAUAGAGCUGUUUCCAGUCUGGGUUGGGGAUCUAGUGCCUGCUAUAUCAGAAUUAAAACUCCAUGAGCUCUUCAGCAAUUUUGGGCCAGUCCAUAGUGUAAAAUUAUUGUCCGCAAGACGCUGUGCUUUUGUCAACUACAUCAACAAAGAGGACUGUGAGAGAGCUAUCCGAGAAAUGAAUGGUUUUCGUAUAGCUGAAACUUGUCUUGUAGUUCGUUACCCUGACAGAAUCCACACACACCUUGGUGUAUCCAAAGCUGCAACAACAGAUACAGGAAAAGUAAAUAAGUUUCCUGAUGAGUGUUAUUUCUGGAGGACAACAGGCUGUAUCAAGAAUAAUCGGUGCUCCUACAGACAUGUCCCAGAACACAAGGGCAUUGAUCGACCAAAAUUCAAGUGAUAGGAGGACAUAGAAUUGCUAACCGGGAGAUUGAUAUUAAUCCAAAUGUUUCCCAUGUCACAUUUAUCUGACAAUGGUCAUUAAUCAACAAAUGAACCAAAUAAAUGGCAGUAUACACAGUUAUAAUCACUGUAACAGAAGAUUAACUGACAGAAAUCAGGUUAUGAUCCUUGUAGUUAGUUUACUUCACUUAAAAGGUAAAAAUUCCUGUAUUAACUACAACCAUUAUUUCUACAAAAGGUUCGUUUUACUAUUUUUACUUCUAUGUCUAAAUCCAGGAAGUAUUGGGACUUGGUUGAUCCAAAGUAGAAAAUUUUAGCUGUUUUCCUUGCACAUCAAAAAGUAUUUUAUUUACUUGAUUUCUAGAACUUGCAGGUUUAUUACUACUCCUUAUAUGGACAAUUUUUUUUUAAUAAAGUGUAAUAAACAUUACAUAAUGGUUUGCUUUAUGUCCUCCUUCUCAGACCUUGUCUUUAUGGUUGCACACAUUACGUUCUGUGUAAUUACAAGUUUGUAAUAUAGCUGUCUCCACAUGAUCGCUUUUAUUCCCCAUUUUCCCCCAAAGACGCACAGUCUUAUCUUGUUCCUUUAUUUCUUAAAUCAGUCUUGUGGUAGAUUCCAGUUCAUUGUUUUUUUGCUGUUAAAGGUACAAGAUUUGAUAGUAU